CACCCCCACCUCCCACUCUCUGUUAUAAAAGCCCCCUCACCCCUCUCUCUUUUCUGUUUUUUCCUCUUCCUCCAACCCAAAACCAAAAAAUCUCUAUAUUUUCCUAACUUCAAAUUCAAAAUUGGAGAGAAAUAAAUUGAGAGAGAGAGAUAAGAGAUUGACUUGGUACUUGUGAUGGCAGUGAGCAGAAAAGAUAUGGAUCGGAUAAAGGGUCCAUGGAGUCCCGAAGAGGACGACGCUCUGCAGAGGCUGGUACAGAAGCACGGCCCCCGUAACUGGUCUCUGAUCAGCAAGUCGAUACCCGGUCGGUCCGGCAAGUCUUGCCGGCUCCGGUGGUGCAACCAGCUCUCCCCUCAGGUGGAGCACCGUGCCUUCACGCCAGAGGAAGACGACACCAUAAUCCGGGCCCACGCCCGCUUCGGCAACAAGUGGGCCACCAUCGCCCGCCUCCUCAACGGCCGAACCGACAACGCCAUCAAGAACCACUGGAACUCUACGCUCAAGCGUAAGUGCUCCGAUAUCGGCAUCGUUUUUCCCGGAGGAGGUGUAGGUGGAAGCGGAGGCUACGAUGGUCAUUUCCUUCAUGACCACGAGCAGCCGCCGCUGAAGCGAUCGGUGAGUGCCGGGUCGGGCAUGCCCGUUUCCACCGGGCUUUACAUGAGCCCGGGUAGCCCGUCCGGUUCAGAUAUGAGCGACUCCAGCGUAGUACCGGUUAUGUCUCUGUCCGAGUGCCACGUGUACAGACCCGUGGCGCGGUCUGGAGGGGUUCUGCCGCUCUCGGAAACGACGUCGUCUUCCAACGACAACAAUAGUAACAACGAAAAACAGAAGGAGCCUACGACUUCUCUGUCUCUGUCGCUGCCCGGGGUUGACUCGGGCGAGGUGUCCAACCGGGUGGCGGCAACCGAGUCGACUCAGGCGCCGGUUCCGAUUCCGAUUCCGGUUACGAUUCCGAUUCAGAAUCCGGUUCCAGAUCCGGCUCCGGCUCCGGCUCGGGCUCCGUUUCAGAAUAUACCAGUGGAGUUGUUGGCGGUGAUGCAGGGGAUGAUAAGGAAGGAGGUGAGGAGCUACAUGGCUGGGUUGGAGCAGAGUGGGAUAUGUAUGCAGCAGGCUGCUAGUAACGAUGGGUUUAGGAAUGUUGCUGUAAAGCGAAUUGGGGUUAGCAGGAUCGAGUGAGAAAUUUGAUGAGAAGUUGGGGAGUUUUUGGGAAAUUCUAAUUCAGUGAAGGAAUGAAUGAAUGAAGCUCAAUGCAAAAGCUAAGGGCUUUUUGGACGGAGGAGUUGGACUAGUUAGUGAAAAAAUGAUGAUCAAAAGAUAUGGUGGAAGUUGAAGCUGGGAAGUGAAAAAUAACUGGGCUUGUGUUGUUUUUUUUUUUCCUUUUGCUUUCUUUGGGUUUAAUUAUCAGGGGAAAUAAUAAUUAUGGUCAAUGUACAGAGGGAGAGUAAUGAGAGAGGGAGAGUAAUGAGAGAGACUGAGAUGAGGAAGAAGAUAUGGUGUUGGAGAAGAGAGAGAGGUCUGAAAGUGGGCAUCCAAUCCAAGAGGGAAGGGAACUUUUGGGCCUUGUUCAUCGAAAAACAACAUGCAACUUCAUUAAAAAAAAAAAAAGAAAAAAGAAAAAAAAAAAAUGAAUCCCCGAAAUUUCAAUCUUAUUUCUCGUCCUCUUGAAUAUUUUGGGUUUAUUUUUCCUGCUUAUGUUAUAUAAUCUGAAAUAAGUAAAAGGAAAAAAGGGGGUUCUGACUGAGUUCUGAGCCACCUGUUUAAAGAUCCAAACUAAAAAGCAAUAAGACCCAAAAACCACCAAACCAAAAGAGUCUGCCACACAGAGAAAUUCUAUCUGGUAAGUCCGUACAAAAUGUAGAGGCCAUUUCGGUAAUCUUGAACCACACGAUUCUUCAGACUGAAAAUACAGGGGGUUUAUGUGACAGCUAAUGGCCUAGUAUCUACCCUAUAAUACAACAGAAUAGGUGCGUGACCAGUCUAAGCAAAACAAGGAAAAAAAAAAAAGCAACCUCUUUUUAUCGUUUUUCAGUUUUGGUGGGGAGAACGAUUUACUACGUUUACUUAUUGGGUAAGGAAAAAAAU